UUGAGAAAGCAAAGCUAAAACCCUCCAUCUCGUCCACAGUCUCAGCGACAUUCAUGAAGACGAACUCUGCGAAGUGGUGAAACUAAGAAGCCAUAAUUGUUGUAUCAAAGGCAUUUGUAACGAAACUUGUAGUGGUUUUGGAAGAAGUAACAUACUAAUGGAGGUUGAUUUAGGGGCUCCUGAACAACUUAUUGUUUCUCAAUCUCAAUGUAAAAGAAGAAAAAUUUCUGCUUUAGAUCCGAUUUUGGGCGAGAAUGAAGCUGCUUUACCUACCUUGCGAUCUCCUGAUUAUUUUACUGACCCAUGCUUGAGUGAAUUGGCUAUUCGGGAGCUUAUGAGCUCAGGGUAUUGCAGCAAAGUUGAAAAUUUUACUGUUGGGAGGUUUGGUUAUGGGUUUGUCAAAUUUUCUGGGGAAACAGAUGUUAGGGGGUUGGAUUUGGAUCGAAUUGUCAAGUUUAGCAGACAUGAGGUGAUUGUAUAUGAAGAUGAAAAUGACAAGCCUCCAGUUGGCAUGGGGCUUAACAAACCUGCUGAAGUAACUUUGCUACUGGAAAUACGAUCCGCAAAACACUAUGACGUGGAUUCUUCUGGAGAAAUGGUGGAGAGAUUAAGACUCAGAACAGAGAGACAAGGAGCGCGUUUUAUCUCAUUUGAUCCAUCAAAUGGAGAAUGGAAAUUCUUCGUUCAACACUUCAGCAGAUUUGGUUUGAAUGAGGAAGAAGACGAAGAUAUGAUAACUGAUGAUGUGUCUCCGGAAGUUCAAGAUCCAGUGGAUAUCAAUGGAGAAGACGUUUCCGACAUUGAUGAAGAAACCUUCUUAGCCAAUACAACUGAUCUUUCACAUUCUCUUCCCGCUCAUCUUGGGUUAGAUCCUGUAAAGAUGAAAGAAAUGAGAAUGCUGAUGUUUCCAGCAGAAGAAGAGGAUAUAGAUGAUUAUCACGAUGUUCCUUUUGAUAGAAAACCACAAUUCAGUAAGGAAUCUUCAAAAUCCCCUUUGCAGCAUAAAUACCAGAGAGUUAGUCCACCUUUAACUCGCAAGACUCCAUUGGCUUUGAUUGAAUACAAACAUGGUAGUUUUGGCUCGGACUCAGCUGGGUCCAUUUUGAUGACCCAACAAAAUAAGGGUGUGCUUCUAAAGACAACAAAGACUGAAGGUUUCAAGCUGGUUGUUAGGCAGCAAACACCUAUAAGUGGAUCCUACUCUUGUAAUGUUGUUGAUGCAGGAUUGUUCAUGGGUAGAUCAUUUGGAGUUGGCUGGGGGCCUAAUGGUGUUCUUAUUCAUUCUGGCGCUCCAGUUGGUAGUAAAGACAAUCAAAGUUUGUCUUCAAUAAUCAAUUUGGAGAAGGUUGCAUUUGACCAAGUAGCUAGAGAUGAAAAUAAAAAGUUUAGGGAGGAACUUGUUGAUUUGUGUUUUGAUUCAGCCCUCCAUCUUCACAAGGAAAUUAGUCAUGAAACCAAAGAGUUCGGGGAGGGACCCUUUGCGUUAAAGCUUCAAAGACUUGUGUGUGAUCGUCAAAUGCUUUCAGAUGUAUGUCGGAGUUAUAUUGGUGUCAUUGAGAGGCAAUUGGAGGUUCCUGACUUAUCGCCAGCAUCCCGUAUUUUUCUGAUGCACCAAGCAAUGAUUUGGGAAUUAAUAAAAGUGCUUUUCUCGUCUAGACAAUUGAGUGGGAAAUUAAAGUCUCUUGAAGAUGAGGAUGAGGAAGAUAUGAUACCUGAUGCGAGAGAAACUGCUUCAGAUGUUGAUCCAGAGGCACUUCCAUUGAUAAGGAGAGCAGAAUUCAGCUUUUGGUUGCAAGAGAGUGUUUGUCACAGGGUACAGGAAGAAGUAAGUUCUUUGAAUGAUUCAAGUGAUCUACAACAUAUGUUUUUACUUCUAACUGGUCGGCAGUUGGAUGCUGCUGUGGAACUGGCGGCUUCUAGGGGAGAUGUGCGACUUGCAAUGCUUCUUAGCCAAGCUGGUGGUUCGAUGGUUGAUCGUUCUGAUGUUGCUAGGCAGCUUGAUAUUUGGAGAGUAAAUGGGUUGGACUUCAAUUUCGUUGAGACAGAGAGGAUUAGGGUUCUUGAGUUGGUUGCUGGCAACAUUCAUAGAGCAUUACAUGAUGUAGACAUUGACUGGAAAAGGUUUCUGGGGUUGUUGAUGUGGUAUCAGCUUCCACCGGAAACUGAAUUGCCUGUUGUGUUCCGCACAUAUCAGCGGCUUCUUAAUGAAGGAAAAGCUCCAUCUCCAGUUCCAGUUUAUAUUGAUGAAGGACCUAUAGAACUGUCAAUGAAUUGGCAUGCAGUGAAACAUUUUGACCUCAGUUACUAUCUUAUGCUUCUUCAUGCUAAUCAAGAAAUUGAUUUCAGUGCUCUAAAGACGAUGUUCUGUGCCUUUGCUUCAACAAACGAUCCCCUUGACUACCACAUGAUCUGGCAUCAGCGAGCUGUUUUAGAAGCCAUUGGUGCUUUCAGUUCUAAUGAUCUUCAUGUGCUAGACAUUAGUUUCAUUUCUCAGCUUCUAUGUCUUGGUCAAUGUCAUUGGGCUGUCUAUGUGGUGCUUCACAUGCCUCACCGUGAAGAUUGUCCUUAUUUGCAAGCUGCUCUUAUAAGGGAAAUACUCUUCCAGUACUGUGAAACUUGGAGUUCUCAGGACUUGCAGCGGCAAUUUAUUGAGGAUCUAGGUAUUCCAUCAGCAUGGUUGAACGAGGCUUUGGCAACGUAUUUUAAUUAUUACUUUGAAUUCCCCAAAGCCCUAGAACACUUUUUGGAGUGCGGAAAGUGGCAGAAAGCGCACACUAUUUUUAUGACUUCAGUUGCUCAUUCUCUUUUUCUAUCAGAGGAACACUCAGAAAUAUGGAGGCUAACAGCUUCCAUGGAGGAUCACAAGUCAGAAAUUGAAGAUUGGGAUCUGGGAGCUGGAAUAUAUAUAUCUUUUUAUUUGUUGAGAAGUUCUUUGCAGGAGGACAAUGACGCUAUGAAUCAAGUAGACACUCUAGAAAACAAAGACAAUGCUUGUGCAGACUUCAUCCGUUGGUUAAACAACUCUUUGGCUGUUUGGACUAGCAGAUUGCCUGUCAAAGCGAGGGUAGUUUAUUCGAAGAUGGCUGAGGAGAUAUGCAAUUUGUUGCUUUCUGAUAGCGGUGGAAGUUCAUCAAAUGAGGUUCAGCUAAGCUGCUACGAUACCAUAUUCAAGGCACCCAUACCUGAAGAUACUCGUGCAUACCAUUUGCAGGAUGCUGUGUCUCUUUUUACAUCUUACCUUUCCGAGGUGCUGUCAUAGUUCCCUUUUGUCAAGCCCCAUAUCUCUAUUUUAACAACAAAAUUUUGUAUGUUUAUACAUCAUAACAUUCGUGUAAUAAUAACUCAUUUAUGUUAUAAUCCUUCUCCCCGAGGACUUCCUGUUACUUUUAGUAAUUUGUGUAUUCAUUCACAAGUAAAUCCUGUACUUGUAAAAGUUUGGGUUUUGUUGGACAA